UUAAAAUCUAGAAUGGAAGCUCAUGAAAGCAAAGGCUAUUUACAGUUGGUAUCUGCCCCCUCCCACCCUCUGACCCUCCCUACUGCUUCAUUAUUUCCCCCGGCGCUUGUCACCACCUCAUAUAUCCUUUUGCUUUUUUGUUUAUGAUCUGUUUCCAACCAGCUCCACGAGGGCCGGAUGUUUGUGUUUGAUUCACAGCUGUAUCUCAGACGCCUGUCACAGUGCCCCGCACCGCACCUCGCGCCCGGGAGGCGUUCAACCCACGUUGUUGACGGGACGAAGGAAGGCAAGAUCGCGAGGCCGGCUGUGCAGGUGGCCGGGGUGGAGAGGGAUGCACAGCCACGCGCGCCUCCUUUGCCGGAGCCCGGAGCCCGCCCCCGGCCUCCCCGGCAGGCUGGGCCGGGCAUGCAGGAGUUAAGCGGCGCGCGCGCUUCCGACCCGCAGGUGGCGCCGUCCCGCCUCGGUGCCCGGCUCCUGGCGCUCAGAAGUGCGGGACAGAAUCGCAGCGAGCGCGGAGCCGAAGCUCAGCCAGACUUGUUGAUUUCGCCCAGGCAGCCGCUGCCGCCGCCGAGCGAGCAGGAGGAGGAGGUGGUGGAGGAGGCGCCGCGCGGCCGCGGUCCUGCCCCCGCGCCCCCGGCGCCCGCCCGCGCCCCCAGCCUAGGAGAGCGCGUCCGGGCCCCGCGGCUCCUGCAGCCCGGGCUCGUCGCCUGCCCGGCCGGGGUAGGCCCGGCCCAGCCCGGCCCCGGGACCGCCGCUGCCCACGGGCGGGGGCGCCCGGGCGGCCGGGACGAUGCGCGGUCCCUGGCCCCGGGAGGCGGCCGCCCUGGGGCCGUCGGGAUGGAGGUGAGAAGACGGCCGUGACGCGCGCCCGCGAGGCCCCCUGCACCCCCAGCAGCCCACAGCGCUCCCUGCCCCCCUC